GACAGAAGCAUGACCGCAAUUAGAAAUUACCCGACUUUAAAGAAUGCAAAUAAAAUUACUAGCAAAAAAGGAAGAAAAAGAGCUCUUUCUUUUAGAACAGUUAAAAAAAUUCAAAGUAUGGGUUCUGAUAAAGCCAUAACUAUUUCUAAGAUUAAAGCUGAUUUAAAUUUACCAGUAUCAAAAUCUAAUGUUUUAAGAUCAGAUAAAGAAAAUAAUAAUCUUAUAUAUAAAAAACGAGACAGAAACCGAAUUUAA